AUGGUUUCACUGCUCAUCAACGCGGGUUUGACGGCGCAGAUCCAGAGUGGCCCCUGUCCUGGAUGGGAACCUCAUGCCGGCAGCAAGAGCCAACUCUCUGCGGAGGACGAGUUCUGCAAGAACGAGUACGUGAAGUUGGCUGUUUUUACCUCUGCCGUGAUGGGGCUGAUGCAGAUUGCGGCGAUGAUCCUCAGGAUGGGCUUCCUGGUCACCUUCUUGGGCCAUCCUGUGACCAGUGGCUUUACCAGCGGCGCAGCCAUCAUUAUCGGCCUGAGCCAGGUAAAGUACAUGCUAGGCAUCCAUUUGGACAAGUCUCAGUACGUCUACGUGACUCUGAUCGACCUUGUUCGCAAGGUCGGACACACCAAGUGGAUGACGCUUCUUCUAGGAGUACUCUCCCUGGCGUUCCUCCUCCUCGCCAAGGAGAUCUCCAAACGCAAACCGAGGUUUGCCUUGGUCGGGCCGCUGGCUCCCUUGUUCUGCUGUGCCGCUGGAACUCUUCUGCUGUGGCUUUGCGAACCCUUGCGUGAGCAGUUCAAGGUAAGCUAUGUUGGCCAAGAGGGUCCAAUCCCUUCCGGCAUCGUCCCCCUGAGCCUCGAUGCCUGGGAUCCGUCAAACUUUUUCAAGGUACUCCCCACUGCCCUUUCAUGUUGCCUCAUCGGUUACAUGGAGUCAAUCGCCAUUGGCAAGAACCUGGCUGCCAAGCACGGCUACGAGCUGGAAGCCGGCCAGGAGCUCUUGGCCCUGGGAUUGUCGAAUUUGGUGGGUGCCAUGUUUUCCUCCUAUCCUGUCACAGGCAGUUUCUCCCGCUCUGCUGUGAACAACGCGACCGGUGCCGUGUCCCAAUUCGCUGGCCUGAUCACGGCCCUCGUCAUGCUGUGCACGCUCCUUUUCCUCACACCACUAUUCAAGUACUUGCCUGAUUUUGUGCUGGCUGCAAUCGUCAUUAGCUCCGUGGCCCCGCUAGUGGCAUACAAGGAGGCCAAGAAACUGUGGCGUGUCAAGAAGCAGGAUUGCUUCCUCUGGGUUGCAGCCUUUCUUGGAACUCUGUUCCUCGGCGUGCUUGAGGGCAUUGCCUUGGCAGUCGGCCUUUCACUGUCCAUUGUCAUCUACGAAUCGGUGAGGCCACAGAUCGCGAUUCUCUGGCGCCUUCCUGGAACCACCAUCUACCGGAACGUGAAGCAGGACCCGCAUGGAUCCUUCGUGCCGAACGUUUUUAUCGCCCGCAUUGGGAGCAGCAUAUAUUUCGCGAAUGCCUACUUCAUCAAGGACUGGUUGCAGGAGCGUAUCUCCGCCCUGGAACACAUCAACCGAACGGAGUACAUCGUUCUAGAAAUGACUGCCGUUGUCAGCGUGGACUCUACGGCGCUGAACGUGUUGGAGGACGUGGUGAACGACUUCCGCGGUCGAGGCAUUCAGAUUGCCUUUGCCAUGGUGGGCAACCGCUUGGACAGGACCUUCCGGAAAAGUGGAUUGACAAACUCGGUCGGCGAAAAAUGGUUCUUCCCCACUGUGCAUGACGCCGUCGUGGGCUGUCUCCGCCAUCAGAAGGCAAAGAGGAAGUUGCUCGCGACAGUCCGUGGCAUGAAUUCCGUCGUGCCGAGCAGCAACCUGGCGGUCCUUGGUCCUGGCGGAACGAUCACAGACUGCGGCUCGGAGGUCAGCGGCGCAGGGGCGACGGGUGGCGAGACAGACCUCCAGUCGGCCACAGACCUGGAGGUCGGCCUGCCUCUCUCCAAAAGUCAGGAGGACCUCUUGGACAUCGAGGAGAACCCAGUCCACAUGGGAAAUGAAAUAGGCUUUAGCAAUGAUGUCCACCACUCGUGCACAGUGAUUUUCAUCAACAUGAAAGAGGAUGUGCCGAUGAUCAUGUCAGACAUUACCGCAAUCUUCCAGCGGCGUGGCUUGACCAUCUGCCGGGCAAACAUCGAGGCGAUGGAUGAUGAGCGCGUGACUGGACCAGCGUGUCGGGCACGUGGCGCCUCACAUGUCUAUCACAUUCGGAGCCUGCAGACCCACGGCAAGCUCCAGGACUCGGAGCUCCUGGGUCUCAAGAAAGACCUCCUGGAGCUGUGGCACUGCCUCGUGGACUCCCCCCGAUGA